UAUUCUUCUGACAUUAUCUAUUGAGCUGCAAAGCAAGUUAAGCAACCCAUCAAGCAAAAGUCAAUGGAUGAAGAAGCAGUCAAUCGUCCACUAGUCUUGGUUCAUCGACCACCAAACUUUCACUUCCCAUUCAGACACCGUUUAGCAACUCAGUUCAACCUUUUCGAUCCCCUUGACUCACCCGAUUCAACUCGCUCUUCCCUCCUUUGCCGCCAUGCCCACAACAUAAGGGCCCUUCUUUGCGUGGACCCCACACCCGUCUCCUCCGACCUCCUGUCUCUCCUUCCAGCCUUGGAACUCAUUGUGGGCUCCACGGUCGGCGUUGAUCACAUCGACCUCCCCGAAUGCCGGCGACGUGGCGUUACUGUUACUAAUGCUGGCGUUGCAUUCUCUGAGGAUGUCGCUGACUUAGCGGUUGGCCUCUUGAUCGAUGUUUUACGAAAAAUUUCUGCCGGUGACCGCUUCCAUCGAGCCUCCUCCUGGGCUAAAACCGGUGAUUACGCGCUGGGCUCUAAGUUAGGAGGAAAGCGAGUUGGGAUGGUGGGGAUGGGAAAGAUUGGCUCUGAAGUUGUAAAAAGACUUCAGGCCUUUGGCUGCAUCAUUUCUUACAACUCCAGAAGGAAGAAAUCAGCUAUCGCAUUCCCUUAUUACGCAGACGUCUAUGAGCUUGCAGUGAAUAGUGAUGUGCUUGUUGUUUGUUGUGCACUUACGGAAGAAACUCACCAUAUAAUCAACAAGGAUGUAAUGACAGCUUUGGGAAAGGAAGGAGUGAUAAUUAACGUUGGACGUGGGGCUCUCAUUGAUGAAAAGGAAAUGGUGAAGCUUUUGUUACGUGGUGAGAUUGGUGGUGUUGGUCUUGAUGUGUUUGAAGAUGAACCUCAUGUGCCAAAAGAGCUAUUUCAAUUGGAUAAUGUUGUGUUGUCUCCCCAUUGCGCAGUUGCUACUCCAGAAUGCUUUGAUGCAUUGGAGGAGCUGAUUGUGUUUAACUUGAAGGCUUUCUUUGCAAAUAAACCCUUGUGGUCAGUGGUCAAUCUUGAGUGAAGGGACUAUUCAUUUAGUUUGGUAAUGGCUUUUGAAAAUCAUUAAACAGAAAACCAACAUUGGUUCACAGCAGGUAGAGUGAUUCAUCAGUUGAAAAACUGAUAUAUUGAAUCAUUCAACACCUGAA